AUGAAUUCUAAUGUAAACCACAACAACAACAACAACAACAACAACAACAACAACGUCACUCUCAACAACGAUGACGUCAUGAACAUUACCAACGUCAACAACAUCAACAACAGUAACUACAUCGUUAAGUACGGCAAAACAACUUGCAUUGAUAGCGAUAUUGAAGACGAUGACGACGACCAACAACUACAACAACUUCAAAUCGUACAAAAGCAACAACUACAUUUACAACAACAACAACAUAAUCAAUUACCUUCGCACUCAAGAUACAUGCCUCAACAAAUUCUGCAAGUGCAAAAGCUUGACACUAAACACUCACAACCAUCAAAAAAAUCCUCAUCCACAACUACAACGACAAACAUCGAGAACGGACCCGGAAUCGAACCCGGGCCAGUCGGCAUAGACUUGAAACUGCACAACGACACAAACAACAUAUACAACCCUUCAGACGUUAUAUACGGGCACGUGGAAAUUAACGUCAAUAGCCAAAUCUUUGUCAAAAGUGAAUCAUUUUUUCUUAGAUUAUUUUGA